AUGAGUGGGUGCAACAAAAAAAUAAUAGGAUUUUAUGCUGCAAAUGUACGAUUUUAUAACAGCACUUCAUUUUUAAAGUUCUGUUUUUCUACUGUUAUUUCUAAUUCAUUUGAUAAUAUGUCUAUUGGCAACCCCCCUGAAUACCAACGUGAUGUUACAUCUAACCAACAUUCUCCCAAUUCAACAAGAGUAAAUGAAGCUGCAGUUGACAAAUCUGAAUUAAUAAAGCUCUUUGAAGAUAUCACUACAGACCUUAGAUUCAUUAAAUCUCGUUUAUCCACUCCACAAGAUCUGAAUACAAAAUAUCCCGAAUGUGAAGAGUGUUUUAAAUGGUUUAAACAUAAGGCUUGUAUAUUCUUUUGGUACUUCUACUUACUCAUUUUGUAUAUUGACUUGGUUAAUAAUGCAAGUUUAAUAAGAGCUUCCAUUCGAAUUGAAAAAAUAAUACCUUAUAAUUUUAUAAUAAUAAUAAAUAUAUCUUUAAUCUAA